AUGGAAGUUUUUCGUCGAACUGGAGCUGUUGUGAACAUCAACAUGCCCAUUGCCAUCACGAAUGUGGUUCUACUAUAUGGAUUCUUUUUCAUCAUUGAUUAUGCUAUAAAGGUUCGAGGAAUCACGCAACGUGGCUUCUUUUGUGUCGAUCCAUCUAUCCAUUACACCAAGAAAUCUAGCACGGUUUCCAGUCUUGAACAUCGCAUCUAUAAUAUCUCUCUUAUGGUUUUAUCAGUCAUAAUUGUCGAGGCUCUCAGACAAUUUCGCAAAACUAAUAGAUCUUCAGAUCUUACUUACCGUAUUGGAACAACAAAGAUCCCGAAAUACCUCGUGGCGGUGCUCACUUUUAUAGGAUACAGCCAGGUUGGAUAUAUUGUGAAUGAGCUUCUAGUAAAAUUUGUGAAAGGAUUCAUUGGUCGACUUCGUCCUAACUUUUUUGCGGUUUGUGAUCCGUUACCUAUCAAGCAGUGCGAAAUAUUUGACCCAAACACGUACGUGGAUGAGUAUUUUUGCCAAGGAGUGGAAGAUGACGUUGAAGAAGCACGAAAAAGUUUCUAUAGUGGGCAUUCAACUGUAACAAUGUACUGUGCAUUUUGGACAGUGUUGUACUUGCAAGCUCGUCUUAAACCCGCUCUUCGCAACAACGUCAUUGUUGCUAUUCUGCAGACUCUCAUUAUGGCUGGCGGAUUGUUCAUCUGCUGCUCAAGAAUCUCGGAUAAUAAACAUCAUUCGAGUGAUGUGUUCGUUGGAAUAGUUGUCGGAAUGUCUUUGGCGUCAAUUUCUUCAGUUUGGUGGGGGAGGCUGUUCGAACAAUCGGAAGUUGGCAAGAAUCUGAACGACGAUAAUUAUAUGAAAGAGACUAUUUGA